AUGCCACUGCUGCGUGAUUUAAAUUUCCGUCAAGAUAUUCAAUGUGCGCUCCCCUGCCUUGACCGCUACCUCGAGAGCAUAGAAAAUCGAAGCAACAAACGCCCGUGCAGAGAAAGUUUCCAGCCGCAAUCGAAGUUGAUCAAAUACCAACGAACAGAGCUUCCAAAUCACCUCGAUUCACACGAUUCUGAUUACCAAGCGUACAACCUUGCUGCCUUUGAGGAUUGGGUUGCUUCGGAUCUCAAUGCAUGUCUGGAAAUUCACCAGGGCGAGGAGGCAGCCUGUGGUCAACUCGGUGCUUUGAUGACUCGAUACUUCGAGAAAGCGUCUUCGUCGUAUUCAGACAACCCGGAAGCCACAUCAGUCAUGCUCCUUACCCUCUUAGAGCUGUGGAUUGCCUGCGACAAAUCGGCGAUUCACAUACAUGAGACCUUGAGAGACUAUGACGCAUGCAUACCAGUUGACUGCUUUCAAUCACUUUUGCUGCCUUUUCGAUCGCACAUGGAGAGGCUGGCGUGUGCUGAAAAGUAUCUGAGUCGACGUCAGGCUCGCCUUCGCUACCAUGGCCCGAACAUUUUCCAGGAAUUCGGGACUUCCUCCUGCUUCGCUGUUCGAUACUUCGAGCAGUCUCACAAACAUCAGCAAUUGCUUGCAGCCAUCGAAGAAAAUGCCACUCAGGAGAGGACGAAGAAAAAGGUCGAGCUUUGGGAAAAGCAGCAACGUUACCGGGAAUUGAUGGCAUUAUCUUCUAAGACACCAUGUGAAUCUGUCGAAAUCAUUGUGGAUAAGAGACUUGGGCUUCGGGAUAGAGUCCACCACAGUGAUUGCCCUCGAGAACGUUAUCAAAGGCAGGCCGAGUCGAUUGAAAUCAGCAUACAUGAGUGGCCUCUGCCGACCAAUCGCUCAAGGGCCAAAGCCACUGUCUUCGAACUUCGAGUACCCGAGCCCUUUGGAAGCUGGCGUGACACCACGCUGUUUUUCCUGCAUCGGUGUUUGAAUAUGAAGUACGCGGUGGAAGAACGGCCCAGAGCAGAGCAUCGUCCACACACAUAUCGAGGUCUCUCUCCGUUCUUCAGCAACCACGGGCGUAACCAGCGGAUUAGUCUUCUUUCUCAGAAUAAGCCUCACGAGAGAACUCAUCGACGCGACAGGUUAAUUCUCAAUGUGACGGAAAAUGAUGUCUGCUUCAACAAUGGACUUCACUUCCAAUACUUUGACAAUGUUCUCGGAUGUUUUGUGAGCGGCUUUGACUGGACUCAUCAAACAGAGACUUCCUACACCUAUAGGUUCCCGGCACACAGUUCAGCGCUGCAGCAAUUUCUGUUUCGACCUGCCAUGAAUCCACAUGGCCCGUCACCAAAUACUGUCAUUGCGACACAGUGCGAUGCCCCUGCUGACAUGUCACUGGAAGAAUACAAGGCCCUUGCAACCAUGCCCCUUGGACUGGAGAUCCAAUGGCAAAAUAUCCUGCUGGAACUAUCAAUGCCAUCGGUGGACAUGAAAAAAAUCGAAACCACAAUCUUUGUGCUCCAGAUAAUCAAUCAAGCGGGCCCAUCCAAAACAGGCACGACAUUGAGACAAGGACAUGCGAUUUUGUGCGACGAGGUAUUCACAGUCGAGGUACUCUCGCGAAUUGAAGAGACAAUGGAGAGGAUCCAGCAAAAUUGGGAGACCAUACAUGGGAUCAAAAGUCUCAUUCGGCUGGUUUUGAGGAUUUUGUCUUUGCCUCCUUCUCAGAAAGUCUGUGCGAUGUGCCUUCAGUGUCUAAACAACCUCCGCCGAUCUGCUUUCCACUGGGUCAAUCUUGUCAGAACAAAAGCUAGUGAGACUAUUGAUGAUACACACAAAACCAAUUUAAUUGCAAAGAGCGUUCAUAUCGCUUUGGUCUGCACAGAGACAUUCAACGCAGAAACCAUUGCCCCUAUGUUCGCCAUCUCGGCAGAUGUUUCGAUCUUUCUGCAGUGCUGUUCAGUCAUUUGGAACGGGAGGAACUCUCUAACAACAGAAUCAGGUUCAUUGCUUCAAAUUCUGUACCAUCGGUAG